UCUGGACGGCUUCUAAAGCCCAGAUGUGCCCGUGGGCCCGGACCGGGCCUUCCAGAGGUGCCCACUGUGUAACAAAGAACGGGGCGCCUGGACCCCCUAGUCCACUCUGUGCUGACUUAACUAGCAAGUUACAGAAGGAACUUUAGACGGGGCCUUAAUUACACAUUCAACACAAGGGCAUUUCCCCGUGAACCGGCCAUUAAGUAUUGGGUCUUGAUUAAAGACGAUUUAAAAAUGGAUGUGCGUUGAGCAGAGUACGAGCAAAGUGGAUGGCACCCCACCAGGAUCUUUCUUAGAUUAUGUUUUAAACCACCCUCUUAAUAUAAUUGAAGUAUUUUGGUUUAGGAACGUUUUUUUUAAGGAACUCGACCUGCGUGUGCUAUUUGAUAGGAUACUUGCUACUGCCUUGUAAAGAAAAAAGGUCUUUUUAUUUGUUUCUCCUUCAUUUUCCUUUGCAUUCUUUAAUUGUGGCGUCGAAAGAGCUGAAUUUUAUUUACACAGACUGGCCAGAAUUGAAUAUACCACGUACCACUGUAUCAGCGGUGUGUGGAGUUGGGUCAGUGGAUGGCGACAUCUUUAGUUUCAAGGAGUGACCCCAUAGCCAUCUUGAAUGGGUUCCAGAUAAACUGAGCUCGCCCCAAGACUCACGUGUAUUCUGGUGCUUACUGCCAUCUCCUGGUUCCCCGUCUGGACCAUGCACCUCCUGGUCACAGGUACCUCUCUCACUGUCUCCACGCAGCAGAAGUCCCUCUGAGAAUGGAGAGAUAAGACUCCGUUCUUUCAGGCCUUCGUGAGAAAGCUGUGUCCCCGGCCCCGCAACACCUCCCAAUGGAUCGCAACAGAGAGGCGGAGAUGGACCUGAGGAGAGGGCCCAGCCCACCCAGGGCCAGCAGGAGUCAGGAGACGGAUGGGGACAAGGCUGCCUGCCACAGCUGUUGCAUCUGCGGCAAGAGCUUCCCCUUCCAGAGCUCGCUGUCGCAGCACAUGCGCAAGCACACAGGAGAGAAGCCGUACAAGUGUCCCUACUGUGACCAUAGGGCGUCCCAGAAGGGCAACCUCAAGAUUCACAUCCGGAGCCACCGCACAGGUACUUUGAUUCAGGGACAUGAGCCAGAGACAAGUGAGGCACAGCUGGGUGAGAUGCGUGUGUCUGAGGGCCUGGAUGGGUGCGCCAGCCCCACGAAAAGCACCUCAGCCUGCAACCGCAUUCUGAACGGGGCAGCGCAAGUGGACAGCAGCAAGAUCCUGCUGAGGAGCAGCCGGAAGGAAGCGGGAGGGGCAGCUAACACUGCAGAGGGCGAGGCUGCCACCCAGUGCUCCUUCUGCAAGAGCCAGUUUGAGCGGAAGAAGGACCUGGAGCUGCAUGUGCACCAAGCCCACAAGCCCUUCAAGUGCAGGCUGUGCAGCUACAUGACCUUGCGGGAGGAGUCCCUGCUGAGCCACAUAGAGCGGGAUCACAUCACUGCACAGGUGCCCAAUGGCGGUGAGGCCUGUGUGGAGAACGGCAAGCCCGAGCUGAGCCCAGGAGAAUUUCCCUGUGAGGUGUGCGGCCAGGCCUUCAGCCAGACCUGGUUCCUGAAGGCACACAUGAAGAAGCAUCGGGGCUCCUUUGACCAUGGCUGCCACAUCUGUGGUCGCAGGUUCAAGGAGCCGUGGUUCCUUAAGAAUCACAUGAAGGCACAUGGCCCAAAGACGGGCAGCAAGAACAGGCCCAGGAGCGAGCUGGACCCCAUUGCCACCAUCAAUAAUGUGGUCCAGGAGGAAGUCAUUGUUGCAGGCCUGUCCCUCUACGAAGUCUGCACCAAGUGUGGAAACCUGUUUACAAACCUGGACAGCUUGAAUGCCCACAAUGCUGUACACCGCAAGGUCGAAGCCAGCCGGACCCGUGCCCUGGCCGAGGAGGCGGCCACUGAAAGUCCCCUGGACACCAAGCAGCUCUUCUUACAGUGCCUGAACCUGAGACCGUCCGUUGCUGGUGACGGGUCCCCUGGCGGGCAGGCUGGAAGGCGGGUUGCGGAGCUGGACCCUGUGAACAGCUACCAGGCCUGGCAGCUGGCCACCAGGGGCAAGGUGGCUGAGCCAGCCGAGUACCUCAAGUAUGGGGCCUGGGAUGAGGCGCCGGCGGGGGAUGUGGCCUUCGACAAGGAGCGGCGUGAGUAUAUCCUGGUGAGCCAGGAGAAGCGCAAGCGAGAGCAGGAUGCACCAGCCACACAGGGUCCCCCGAGAAAGAGGGCAAGCUUGCCUGGGGACCCCAUGCUGCCUGGCCACUUUGACCCUCGGCCGGCUGCACGCCCCAGCCGCCGGGCUGCAGCUUCUGCCGGCCAUGGCAAGUCCUCAGAGUGCUUUGAGUGUGGCAAGAUCUUCCGCACCUACCACCAGAUGGUGCUGCACUCCCGUGUACAUCGCCGUGCCCAACGAGACAGGGAUUCGGACGGGGACAGGGUGGCACGUGCCCGCUGUGGCUCCCUCAGCGAGGGUGACUCCGCCUCCCAGCCCAGCAGCCCUGGUUCAGCCUGUGCUACUGUUGACUCUCCAGGCUCUGGCCUGGCCGACGAGGCUGCUGAUGAUAGUGGUGAAGAGCCCUCGCCCGAACCAGCACCAGGGGGACAGCCGAGGCGCUGCUGCUCUUCUGAAGAGGUAGCAUCAACUGUGCUGUCCAACGGAGACCAGAGUCACCAACUUGGAAAUAAUCCUCCAAGAAAAGACACCAGCGAGUCCAAGGUGGGGAUUGCAACUUCUGUGUCCGUACUUGAAAACAGUAGCAGAGAGACUUCCAAGCGUCCUGAACAACGUAGAUUUUCUCUUGACCUAAAGAUGCCAGCAUUUCACCCCACGCAGGAGGUGCCCAGCUCUAGUGAUGGUGUGGACUUCCCUUCGAGUACAGAAGGAGCUGACCUACAGCUCACAUUGGAGAGCCAGGCUGGUCAUCCUAAAGACAAGCUGUCCGAUUUGCACAAUAAGGAGCAUUCUGGGGGAGGAAAAAGUGCACCGGCCCCAGACCUGGUCCCUCUAGAUUUAAGUGCAAGGUCGACCCGGGAUGACUCCAGCAAUAAGGAAGUGGCUACCUCCCUGCAGGCUGCUCUGGUCAUUCACCCAUGUCCUUAUUGUAACCACAAGACCUACUACCCAGAGGUCUUAUGGAUGCACAAGCGCAUCUGGCACAGGGUCAGCUGCAACUCCAUGGCCCCCCAGUGGAUUCAGCCCAAUGGCUACAAGAGCAUAAGAAGCAACUUGGUUUAUCUUGCCCGGAGUGGACGAACAGGGCCUCCACCUGUCCUUGGGGGCAAAGAGUGCCAGCCCCUACUCCUUGCUCGCUUCACCCGCACUCAAGGGCCAGGUGGGGCACCUGGACCCAAAGGCAUCUCUUCUCCCCUGGGAGUGACCACGAAAGCGGCUAGCAUGCCUAAGAAUAAGGAGAGCCAUUCCUCUAGCCCCUGUGCACUGUGGGCACCUGGCCCCGAUGGCUAUCGACAGACCAAACCCAGCCAAGGUCAGGAACCCUCCAGUGCUUCAGUGCAGGGGCCCCCAGCCAAACCCAAGCUGGAGGCCAGCUCCAAGCCAGCACCUGCCCUGGGCAGCGGAAGCCUUGGCAGGAGUGCCACCCCCACACCCUCUGUUAUAACUCGGGUGGGUGCCCAGCCCUUGGGCAGCAGCAAGCCGGUGGAGAAUUUUGGGGUCCCGUUGGCAGGGGCUGGCUUUGCCCCUCCAAAUAAGCACAGUGCCCCGGACUCCCUGAAAGCCAAAUUCAGCCCUCAGCCUCAGGGUCAGCCUUCUGCGAAAGGCGAAGGGAGCCCUCCUCUACCUCUCCGAGAGCCCCCCUCGAAGGCGGUCCAGGAGCUGAGGACGCUGGCCACCUGUGCUGCAGGGCCUAGAGGGGAUCCAGCCUUGCAGGCCCAGCCUGGGAUGGCCGCAGCACCCCCCGUCUUACACUCCAUCAAGCAGGAGCCAGUGGCUGAGGGCCACGAGAAGCGCUUGGACAUCCUCAACAUCUUUAAGACAUACAUUCCAAAGGACUUUGCUACACUCUAUCAGGGCUGGGGUGUCAGCAGUCCCGGGCCAGAGCACAGAGGGACACUCCGGACACAGGCCCGCCCAGGAGACUUCAUCUGCGCCGAGUGUGGGAAGAGCUUCCACCAGCCCAGCCACCUCAGGGCCCACAUGCGAGCGCACACAGUGGUGUUUGAGUGUGAUGGUCCUCGAGGUUCCGAAGUUCACACAGCCUCCAUGGAUGCCCCCAAACAAGGGAGAGACCAUGCUAACACAGGGACUGUGCAGACAGUGCCCCUCAGAAAGGGAACCUAGAGACACACUCCAGCGCCCCUGGGCACCCUGCGAUGGCCAUUGGCAGUGUCCUCACAGAUGUCCCGGCAGCCUCCCGGCAGUGACCAUGUGCACCUCGAGGAGGAAGAACUGCAGGUCUCCUGGCCAGACACCUCAGACCGCCCGCCGAGCUGCUGCCCUGGAGCAGAGACUGAGGGAGAUGCCUCUCCCCACUAGACAUUUAGAGCAGUGACAACGCUAUGCCUAGGAUUCCCUGUAGAUCUCACACAUGCAUAUAUGUGCUCUUCAAGCAUAGCCCGUGUUUUCUUACCAUAACCAGUGGUACUAGCAGGCACAGUGGGAGCUCAAGGCAUCUGUGUUAUUCAAGACAAAUUUGAGACACUGGAACAAAGAUACUUGUGUGUGUUGGAUGGAGCGGAGAAGCUAAGCACUGUAGGAGGAGCUCCUGUGACCAGAAGGACUGCCGUGGUGGAUGUCAGGACAAUGAUUGAGGUUGAUGAAGUAUUAGCACUACUGCCUCUCCGUAUCUUAGUUGGUAUUUAAAAUAAUAAAUAAAGAGAGGAGGGAGGUGGCAGUCAGUGUUGUGGGGAAAUCAGGAGUGAAAUGGGGUGGUGACAAGAUCCUAAUCAGUCACAGGUUCGACCAUUUCAGCCUUGGGGCCAUUGCAUUUCCCAUGUGCUGGCCCUGCAUUUCCACCCUCCGUGCUGAGUCUGGCAGAGGACACUUGUCUGUGGGAAAGUGUAUGUUCUGAUUUGGAAAAGAGCUAGUUGAACACUAAGAAAAGCAGGCUUCUUUGUUUAUUCUCAGGACCUUUUUGUAACAGGGCUACAUUCUGCAAACUGCUCACAAAGGAAGACUAUGCGUUUUAACAAAUUACUUAGCCACUGAAUCCUCCCAAUUUGGGCCUGUUUUAUUAAUGUCAGAAGAAUCCCUGAGUAGAUUUGGGGGCCCUAGAUCACUAGGGUACUAAUGCUCUGGAACCUUCUGCUCUCCACCUCCCCUGCCCUAUUCCUCCUCUGCACCAUCCCAGCAAGUAGGUGUCUUUCCGCCUUGGGCCAAGUGACCUCCGCAGGAUGAGUAACUUCAUUUGUUGAGCGUGGAGGUCACCAAGCCCUUGGGUGGGGGAUGGCUUUAUAUACCUCUUCCUCAGUAAUGCAAAUGCAAGUUUUGGUGGUGGGGUUAGGCCCAUAUCAAAGGAUCUUAUACCAUGCAGUGUACGCAAUUUAAAUUGUAUUCUACAGAUAUAAAUAUUUUCUUUUUCUAUUGCCGUGACACUAUGUGUGAUGGUAAUAUUUCUGAGAGUUUCAGAUUUUUGCACAUAUGAUUUUAUGCAUUAUCAAAAGUUACUGCUGCCUUGAAUGAAAAUGUUCUGUGAAAUUUUUUGCAAAAGCUUUACUAGGUUUUUUUUAAUUGUGAAAUUUUGUAAAGGCAGGAAAUGAUUAAAAUGAGCAUGCUAAAUAUAUUUUUCAAAAAGCAAUAAUUUUACAUGUACAGAAAUUAUCCUAACCUUUAAUACUGGUGAGAGCGACAGUUUACUUAAUACAGUGAUGGAUUAGUGCAGUUUUUGUAGAAAAUGGGCUUCUGAUACAAAGACUUGUUUAAACACACACCAACACACAAACCCUGAAGUGUGGUUUUCCUGUUCUAAUGAUUUGUUGGAUUAUUAUAUUAUUAUUAUUAUUUUAUUGUUAUUGUUAGUUAAUGUUUGUUUUGAAUUCUACUUGUUACUGAGUUUAAAUUACUUGACAGUUCAGGUGACUGCGACACUUGCAAACAAUGCAAUGUAACUGGCUAGCUUAUAUAUAUAUAUAUAUAUAUAUAUAUAUUAUUUUUUUUACUUAUUUUUCCUGAUAUUCUUACACCGGAUAUGUAUGAGAAUGAGCUAUUGUGUUGGUGUGCUUGGGAAUGUCUGCACAGAUACUGUUAAGCAACUGUCAUGGAUUGUUCUGUGAGGUUAUUUGAGCAAAGUUAUAGAGACACAUUCCUCUGUCCACCUGAGAAAUCAGAACACCCUUCUGUUGAUUUAUGUUUGAUCAUUUUGAUACUUUCCCCAAAGUGAUCAUUUCUGCAUUUUCUGGCUUUUGUUUCCUUGGCUGAAAGUAAACGGUGACAUUUAGGAAUGUGAAGGGACUAGUGAUUCAGUCCUGUCUUUUUUCUCUGUGUUUUAGUUAUUAAAAGAAAUUCUGUACCCAAAGUGACACAAAGGUGUCGUCUACAUUUUUACUGUUUCAGAAGCUGCACGGAAAAGUGCAAUUGGCAUUUAGAGCUGGAAGUGUCUUUUUUUCCUCAAAUUUCCUUCCCAGUUGGUCUGGUGGGGAGAGAGGCGCGUGCUGGGCUGCAGCCACAGAGUGCCGUCUGCAUCGGCUUCCAGGAGAGCAGCUGUGAGGAUGGCUGGCUUACAUGGUGAUGUGCCUGCCUCUCAGGGUGCAGAAUGAGGUUUUCAGAGGCGCACAGCCAGGAGGGGCCGGGGAUCGAGACUUCGAGCCCUGCUUCGCGCCGGACUGGAUGGGUGGCCCCCUUCUUCCACUGAGGAUCAGUAUUGUAUUGGUUUGUUAAUUUGUUUGUGUCAGUUCAACCAUAGUAUUUAAUAUGAUUUGUGUUUUCUUAUUUAUUUAGCCAAUAUGUUUUGAUUUGCUUUUUUUUUUCAAAUGAUAAUUUCUGCAUGAUACACUUCUGUAAGUCGCCUUCUGACUGUUACAGACUUUCUACUACCUCUACCAACCUGCUGUCUCCUUGUUUCCUAACAGGAUUUUUACAGUGUUGCGUCUAAUGUAAUUUAGACAAUAAAGGGUUUGGUUGUCUACA